UGUCCACAGUGUUUUAGUCCUGAUAAUUCUAAUUACUGACGCACUGAAGAAGCUGAAAGCUGGGAAGAUGGACGAGGCUGGCCUCAAGUCCUGCACAGCACAUGGGACUCUCUCUUUGUAGAGCUGAACCAUAGUUCUCUCGUUUGCCAAGGCCAGCAAUGGAAGGAGCAACCAAGGUAUAUUAUUCCUGUGGUGCAGUGGUGGAAUCAAUGGAAAGAGGCCUGAUUUUAUCACCGGGUUUUCCAAACAACUACUACCCGGGGACACACUGCGUUUGGCAAUUUUUCAUUCCCAUGAGAACCCAUCUUAUCUUGGAAAUUUUUGACUUUGACAUUUUUGAGAGCUCUAGUGAAACUCCAACCCCCUGGGAUGGCUUUUCAGCCCCUGCUAAAGCAGGAAAUAAGGACAUGCCUUCUCUUGAAGAAAACCUGGACUUUGCUCUCCAUACUACAAAACCCUCUCUCCAAACCUGGAUGUCAAAGGUGACUCAGAAUCUGAGCAGCACAGGAGAUCAGUCAAAGGACCUUGCUAGUCACCUGGAUGAACUUCCAGGAGCUGUCUCAAAAAAAGAUGAAGCCAAACAAGCAUCUGAAGAAAACCAGUCGAAGCAGAUGAAGGAACCCAAAGUGAUUAUCAAGGCUCAACCAGAAGAGCUGCCAUUCCCUGUGGCUGGUAGUGCCACAAUGCGGAGGCAAAAUACCAGUGGCCUGGAAACAGAAGAAGAUUUGAAAGGGAAAAUCUUGCUUGCCCACCUAGCUGCUAGUGAGAGAGAAGAAGUUACGGUAGAGAGCUGGACUCUUCCCACAACAGUAUUGCCUGUGGAAAUCUCCUCCAGCCCACAGUCAGCAGUGGAUGUCUGUCCACAUGAUGUAUUAUACGUUUCCGAUCUCAUCACGUUUUCCUCUCGCUUCUGUGGACCAAAUUCACCUUUAAACAAGACCAUGGUCUUUGGUUCAUCUCUGGAAAUGGUUGAGGUUAUCAUGGAACUGAUCACCACCACAGACCGGGGCCGAGGCUUUGCAAUGCUCUUCGAAUACAAGAACAUCACUGACCCUGGCACUGUAGAUGCUGUGAGGCAGGAGAGAAAGGAAAACAUGAUGAUACUGGCAAUCGUAACAGGCAUCGCCUUCUUUGCACUCGCUUUGCUCUCUGCUCUCUGCAUAGCUUGCAGGCAGAGAACGUGCCCCAAAAGGAGCUCAUCCAACGCAUGCAGUGACCAGGAGAACGGGAUCCAGAACUCCGCUGUCGAUAUCAAUGAGCUCCAGCUGGUGGUGCCAAGUCGGGAGAAUGAAAACAACAACCACUCUGUCAGCCGGGAGCAGGCGGUCACUUCCUGUGGAGGCAGCACAGAACGGUCUCCUCAGGACACUGACCCAGACGUCCCCUCCUCCACAUCUGCAGUGACCACCGAGACUGGGAGCGAUGAAGUGUUUAUUAUUUCUGCUGGGCCUGGAGCCAGUGGGCUGAGCUUUACCACCUACAGAAUACAGGACAAAAACCUAAAAAGAAGUGUCACAAGCCCAGCCUCUGUGUCUGACUGGCUGACUUCCACCCACCCAGCUGCAGGGGCAGACGCUGCGGAGAAGGGGAACGCCCAGCUGGACACCCACUGUCCCAGGCAGCGCACGUGGAGUGCCCGCACUUUCCACGACUUCCUGGCCCCCAUACCACAGCUGCAGAAAAAAUGGUGCAGCUGGACCACCAACAGCCCAUUCACGAAACUGGUUGACAACAGCGGUUUUCCUCCAGCUGCGAGAUCCCAAGGUGUCCCAACCAGAAAGGUAAUCUCAGCCACCGAGAUAGAGGGAGCAUCAGAGACCGUGUACUCUGACUCAUCUGCCAGUAAUGCCUCCUACCCCCUCACUCUGUCGGCACAAAGGCAGCGGAAGCUAAGCUCCUGCAAUUUGAAGAAAUCGAGGUUUGGGAAUCCUUAUUUUGGAUUUUUAGCCAAUUCCCCUGACAGCAAACACGUGAAGUCCUUGGAUCCCUCAAGACAUCUAGGGGCAGCAUCUCCAGUUAACAGCCAAAGCCCCAAAAAUCCUCUAGAGAGCUCCAACCCACUGAAAAUCAGCUUGGUUAAUGGGUCGAAAACAAAGGAGCUUAUGGUAGAAACAGACAAAAACAAACCAGUUUUUGUUAUUUCUGAAGAAGGAGAUGAUCAGCAACCUCUGGUCCAAGCAGAGCAUCUUAGUCAAUGUGGAGAUCAUCUGUCAGAGCAAAAUGCUGUGUACGCUCCGGCUGUGCCAGAUAAACAGCCGGUGGCCCUGACUGUUGAGGGGAACAGCUCUGCCGCCUUCACGUCAAAUCUGCCCCUUUGGGCAAAAUCCCCUGGUUUAUACAAAGGUCAUGGGAAGGCCCCCAGCUCUUCCAGGGACCAGCAAAGCUCCUCAGUGGUAGAUGCUAAUACUGCUGAGACCGCACAGAACUGUGAUACCCUAGCUGCUCCUACGCUCUGCCAAGCUUCAGUCCAGUAACGCCCUCAGAAAGACUGAAACAUCCAUCGGCUCACAAAAACAGAGGCAACGGUGAUCGGAGUGGGAGCUGUGCCAAGUAGCUGAGCGUGGCGGUCAUAGGUGGAUGCAACUUUAAGAGUGGUCUUUGCUUCCCACUUGUUGGGAUUGGGAUUACGACUACACAUACCAUAGCACAGCACAAAUGCCAUCUUCCCUUACGCUCACUAACUUCACCUCUCUUCUUCUGCAUGGAAUUUUGAUGUGGUUUAUAUAAGAAAAGGUAUCCUCUGAAAAGGUACUUUAUAUCCUCUGAAAAGGUACUUCAGACUGCAGAAAACCUUUUGAAUGAAAGUCAUCCGAGAUGGUUACAUUGUGGUUGGUAUCUGAAACGUCCUGUAUCUGACAGUCCUCUGUCACUGUGGUAUCGCUGGAGCCUUUCUGUUGGGAGCUAGGAGUUAAAUUCUCUUUGUAGGUAUGCCUGGACAAUCCAAGCCUUGCCAAGCCAAGGGUAAGAAUUCAAUCAUGCAUGUUUGCGUACAGUUUUGUAAACUUAAGCAUUUCAUAACUUCCACGCUCUAGCACAAAGUUUGCCAAGCAUUAGCAUCUCCACUAUUAAAGAGCGCGAUUAUCUCAUAUGCUAGCUCUUUAGAGAAGCGUACAGACAAGCUGAGCAACCCAAUACUGGAUGCUCGUUCUAGAAAAGUCUGGUGUAGCUUUAUCUUUGCUAGAUCUCCAUAGGCUUAAAACACCUCAGUCCACUACAUUUUUAAGUGACUCCUCAUGGCAACAGGAGCAUGUGUACAAAAACACUGAAAUACUAGGAAUAGUCUCCAGCAUCCGACACUUGGAUAUCUGCAGCUGCUCUGAUCCUAUAUCCACCAGCUAUUUAUUGCUGGUAACGCACACUGACUAGAGAGCUACUUCCCUUCCUUUAGCAGGCAAGACUUAAAAGACAAAAUUCAGUGGGGCAAACUUUGAGGGCUCGCGUUCUUUAGCAAUGAAAUACUAAGUGGCUGGGCCUCCCUGAUUACAAAUCCAGGGCAUUCAAUGGAACACUGAACCAAAGGGAAGCCUGCUAGUCCUACUGCCUUUAAUAACCCCAUCAGUAUUUUAAUUGCCUCCUGGUGAUAUUGUCCUAUCUUUGCAAGACUCGGCGUAUUCAGCCCAAAACUCAGCGUUAUUUUGCUUUCUUAAAUGAAAGAAAAUCCCUACGAAGCUGUAUUUUGCAGCCGACACGGCACAUUGUUCUGAAGCAAUAGUAUGUCAUAAAACAGGUGUCAGAAAGAAAUCUUCCGUACAAAUCCUCCCCUGUAUCAGCUACAGUGUGCAUCGAGUCAUCUUAAUCCUUCUCUGUGAAGGCAUUUAACUCUGAUUCCUGAAAUAUUUAACUGAAUUAUUUAUGAUAUCACCUGCUAUUACGGCUUUCAUUUGCCACUCAUUAAUGUCUGAGAGGCAACACGGGAUUGUAGGUUUUGCCUUACAUUUGGCGCGUGUGUUUACGUGGCUAGGCAGACACAGAAGCCUCGCAUGUUGUAGCAGGGGAAGCAAAACCAUAGAUGCCCUUCAGCAGUUGACUCAAACACAAACAGCAAACAAGUCUCCGCAUUCGUUAUUACCAGACUGCGUCGAGCAGUUUUGAAGCACAAAAGUCUGGCUCCGAGUUGGGCUUUUUUUUGUUGUUGGGGUUUUUUGCUCUUGUUGUUGGGUUUGGUUUGGUGGGGGUUUUUUUGUGUGGGUGUUUUGUUUUUUUUUAAAUUAAUGCUACAUGAUUCAAAGGGAAGAAUUAAUAUAUUUAUGAUUUAAGAAAAUAUUUAGAAAACUUCAGUACUCUAAUAACAGCUCCCACUGCACUAAAUUCAUAUCAAUGUUCUGUUACCUACCACAUUUCUAAAGACUGAAGUACUAAAAUCUACUUUUGAAAAGUACUCCUGUUCAGUUAUUGACAAUAGCUACAUUUGAAGGGCUGGAAAAGGUGGCUUUCUCAAUAAAAGCGUGUUUAACUAUGCAUUUCUACAACGUAACAACACUUAUUUUGUUUAUUUUGCUGAAAGACGAAGUUGUAUGGCCAUUGCCUCAGAGCACCAGUACGUGGCGAGGUGCGCACCAGUACAGCAGCCCCAUGACCAGUUGCUGCAAUGGAAAGAGCACAAAAGCUGCUGAAUCGUUCAGUCAGCAGCCUCCCGAGGAUUAUAUGCUGGGUGAUCUCUCCUCGUUAACCUAGCGAGAUAACGAGGUGGUUGUUUACCUUGCUUUCCUCUGCUACCUGUGUAACCAAAGAGGAGAUUUUUCUGGCCCUGUGAAGACCGCUGCCGGAGGCGGGUCUCUCUGGCAGUCUGGAUUUCCUUCCGCAGAUCUUAACGCGGUGUACCUCUUCCGUCACUGCCUGCUGUGCACUAUGUAGCCCAUCAUAACACCAGGCACUAAAUCAGACAGCGUAUGUUCAGCACAGACUAUAUACAUACGUACGUCGAGAGAGGCCCUGUUCUUGAAGAAUACUCAAUAUUGACCAACGCUGCUUAUUCUUGGAGCAGAUGUGGCCGAUACACCCAACGGCUCAAAGGUGAGGUCUCCUGCCACCAGAGGCUACUUACUGGAGCCCAGUGCCGAACUGGUGCCCACAGCAGCUCCACAAACCAGCCCCUUGCUGGGAGUACAACGCACAC